AUUUUCGGUAUAACUGAAAUGAUUGAAUUCGAUAUCGAUAAUACUAAUGAAACUAUAGAUACCAGUUCAUUAAUAUCUCUUAAAGAAAUCUUAAAUUCUGAUUUGUUUAGGACUAAAGCAAUUAAAGUUGAUAUCAACAAUUUACAAGCCACUAAUGAAGUU